AUGACAAUCCAAGCAAAUCACGGGGCCUCUAUCCAGGACAUCAUCGCGAUCGGACCCGAGUCCGAAAGUGUGCAACAAUGGCGGGAGCGAUGCGGAAUUGAAACUGACGCCCAGAUCCGCUUGGUGAGACUGGCGCACAUGCGAUACCAGCACCCUGAUCUAGAAGAGAUUACUGUUUUCCUGGAAGACUUUGGUAUGACCAUUGCCAAGAAGAAUGAUGAUGAAAUUUGGUACCGGGGGUAUGGGGUAGACCCUUAUGUCUACUAUGCGAAGAAGGGACCCAAGAAAUUCCUGGGUGGUGCUUUUCAAGUCGAGUCGUACCAGGAUCUGGAGAGAGCAACAAAGCUCCCAACGGCGGGCGAGAUCCAAGAGAUGACCGAUGCUCCGGGUGGAGGCCACAUGGUGACUCUGACUGAUCCUGAUGGAUUUGCAAUGAAUCUGUUCCAUGGGCAAACGCCCGCUGUUCCUGGCAAAUAUCCAGCAAAGCUCGAAAUUAAUUUCGAGACCGACAAGCCCCGAGUUCGUAGAUUCCAGCGAUUUCAGCCAGGUCCUGCGGCAGUCCACAAGCUUGGUCACUAUGGAGUCUGUACCACAAAGUUUGAAGCCUUGGUGGAAUUCUACACCAAGAACUUCAAUAUCGUCCCAACGGAUUUCCUUUAUGUUGAGGUAGAGGGAGGCAAAAAGAACGUCGCCCUGUUUGCCCACGUUGACCGUGGCGAUGAGCACGUCGACCACCACUCGUUCUUCAUGAGCUCGAAUCCAACAACUCACGUGCAUCACUGCUCAUUCGAGGUUCACGACUUUGACACACAGAAGCUAGGCCACCAAUGGCUCGCUCAGAAAAGCUACAAGUCUGUCUGGGGUGUUGGUCGCCAUAUUCUUGGUAGUCAAAUCUUUGAUUAUUGGUGGGAUACUACAGGGAACAUGAUUGAGCAUUACGCCGACGGAGAUUUGGUUAAUGAUCAGACCCCAAUAGGUUAUGGGCCUGCGGGUGAUGAGUCGUUGGCGGUUUGGGGUCCCGAAGUGCCUUCCUGGUUUUUGAAGUAA